GAACUUGAUUCAAGUUCUCACCAGAAUUUCACAUGUCUUGAUCUUCAGUGGCCUCUAGUAAAAUUAUGGAACUCCUUGGGUCGUGUGCAAUGAAUUAUAUCAAAUAUGCUAUUGGGUAACAUAAGAAACCCACAGAACUCAGAAAGAAAAUGUUAUAAGGGUACCAUUAAAGGAUAUAUGAGAGUUGAUGUGUGGCAAAGAUCAAUACUACUGUCAUGUGUGUUUCAGUUUUAAUCUAUCUUACACUGUAAAAUUUGAGACAGGAACUUCCAUAUCUUUUCCCCUUGGGAGCCCUGCUUUAGUUUUUGUAGUGCAUCUGAGGGAACAGAAGGGUUAUCCAUAACAUCCAUAUGCUUCUCUGCUUUGUCUCAUCCCAGCCUGCUCUUCCUUCCACCUUCCUUAACUUGUGGAUGACUGUAUGUAUAGCAGCAGUGAAUGAGAUCACAGGAACCACUCUUGUUUUCUUUGUGGUGGACAUUGGUGAGAACUUAGCUCAUUCUUGACUUUGAGACAAGAAGUGGAAUUUGUUUGCUGGAGAACAUGGUCUGCUGAUUCCUCUCCUAAAUUGUGCAUCAGCUGGUAUGUUAACAUUUAAGUCUUCCUGCCAUCUCAAGCUCACCAACCUUUGAGGGGGCAAAUGAUGAUAACAGGCUUUUCUGAGACUCAGGUCUUUCUCUUGUGCUCAAGGCAAUGUGAUAGCUGAAAAUGCUUUUCCCAUUUGUCUCUAGGCUCUUUAAUUUCAGGGAUUGGUUUAUUCCUCUAUUCCCCACCCCCCAACUCCAAGCAAUUGAUAAACCCUCUCCUGCCCUACCAAACUUGCCAGUUUGAUUCUUUAGCAGUACUCAGGAAAAGCAAAAUUGGUAAAUGUGUGGAUGAUUAUCAUGCUGUUCCAUCUAAGUUUGUUAAAGAAUAAAGAUAUAAUUUCAUGUUUUUUGUUUGUUUGUUUGUUUACUGGAGGUUAUAUGGUAUAUGGCACCUCAGCAGUGUGCUGGGUACACUUCUUGAAGGGUCUUUCCACUCAUUAUGGUGGUGGGCUGUAGUGGUUAGAAGUACUGGACUGGGAUUAAGUGGAUCUGGGUUCUAGACCCCACAGCCAUGAGACUUAUUGAGAGACUUUAGGAAAGUCACAAACGUUCAGCCCAACCUGCCUUAUAGGGUUGUUGAUGGUAAAAUGAGGGUAAAAUGAAGAUGAGAACAGUCUUGUAAUCCACCUUGGAUUCCUUAAAAGAGGGUGGGGGGAAUGUACAUAAUCAUAAAUAGUGGUUCCUAGCAGCCCACCAUACUGCUCUGGUGUAGAUUUGGGGGAACUCUGUUGGUACCCACCCUGCAGUUGAUUGUGCAGGUAGCUUUAUUCAAAUCAGCAAGAUCACGUCAAUUCAAGUCAGUCUUAUUUGGGACCACUUCAUGCAUUUUCUAAACAAUACCCUUUAAAAUUGAAUAAGACUUUGAGAUGAGAUGUUUACUUUGUAAACUAGUUUGUGUGCUGCUAUUUUUUAAAAAAGUGUGUUGUACUGAUUUAAAAUUUUUGCAAAGAUUAAGCUCAGUUCAAUGUGAAGAUCCUAUGAUUGAAGUGAAGAGUUUGAUAAUUACAUCUUAUGGCAGUUUUAUCUCCAGUCUUAAGCUGGAGAAAACUUUAUUAAAGUAAAUGUAGUAAGACUCAUUAAACUAAAUGCCUCAAAGCUGGAAAAUUCAAUGUUCAGGCAUUCUUGUAUUUUAUAGCCAGACUUAUAUAUUUAAGUAUACAGAUUGUAUAGCUUGAAAACUAUUUUAUCACUCAUCUGAUAAAUUAAUGGAAACUGUUUAUGUUUAUAGUAAAGUAUAUUGUUCCUCCAGGGUGGAUUUGAUUUAAAUCAGAUUGUUUAACUUUAAAUCUAGUCUUACUGACUAGUGAUUUUAAAUCAUGACUUUCUGCAUAAUUUGCACGCAUGCCUGUCUUAUCCUUAGGUAGAAAAACUUCCUUAAAAUGUUCCCAAACUGGCCUCUCUUUUACAGUCUGCUGCCAUUAUCGGUUUUUCCUUCCAUGGAAAGAAUAAUAUGAUCAACCUCAGGCUAUGCACAAAAGGAUCCAAAGACUUGAGUAGUCUGUUCAAAAGGUCCACGAUGGGCUUCCUGGAACACUGGUGUCUUUAUUUGUAUCAGAUGUGCUGGAAUACAUCGAAAUCUGGGAGUUCAUAUAUCCAGAGUCAAAUCUGUCAACUUGGACCAAUGGACGCCAGAACAAAUACAGUGCAUGCAGGAGAUGGGAAAUACCAAGGCAAGGCUAUUGUAUGAAGCAAAUCUACCAGAGAACUUUCGAAGACCUCAAACAGAUCAAGCUGUGGAAUUCUUCAUCAGGGAUAAAUAUGAGAAGAAAAAAUAUUAUGACAAAAAUGCAGUUCAUGUCACCAGUAUGUCUUCCUCUGAUGCUGCUCAGCCUCUGGCAUCCUCUCCUUCUCUGCAAGCUGCUUCUGAGAAAAACAAAAUAGAGAAGGAAAAGGAAAAGAAGAAGGAAGAGAAAAAGAAAGAUAGAGAACCUGAAAAACCUUUGAAAUGCUUAGGAGUUGAAAAACCUCCGAAGAAAGAGGAUCAGCAGUUGGAGCUUAAAGCAAGUCCCAAGAAAGUGCCAGAAUCCACUGUUGACCUUUUGGGACUUGAUGGUCCUGCUGAUUCCUGUAUUACAAAUGGAAGCACCGUCACUCCUGCCACAGUACUAAAUGAUGACUUGGAUAUAUUUGGACCAAUGAUCUCUAAUCCUUUGCCGGCCACUUCUAUACCUCCUUCCCAGAGUGCUUCUACUAACCCUGUAGCUGCCACCUUAUCUGCUGCAUCUGGAGAUCUUGAUUUGUUCACUGAACAAACCAAAUCAGAAGAAUCAGCAAAGAAACAGCUCUCCAAAGAUUCCAUCUUGUCACUGUAUGGCACAGGGACUAUGCCACAGCAAACUGCUCCAGGUGUAUUCAUGGGACCACAGCCUUUGCCCUUUCCCACACAACCAUCAGGUCAUUUUCAAGGCUUUCCGGCAAUGGGAGUACCUGUGCCUGUUCCUGCAGCCCCUGCAAUGAUGGGAAACAUGAUGGGACAAUCAGUGCCUGUCAUAGGACAGAAUGCAGGCAUGAUGGUGGGCAUGGGAAUGCCUAAUGGCUUUUCUGUCACUACACAAACUGGUGGUUUAGGACUUGCUCAAAAUGUUGGAGGACCCCAAGGAACAAUGGUGGGACAAAUAGCUCCACCACAGAAAUUUGGUAUUCAGCAGAAUCAACAAACUCAGUGGAACCUUUCUCAGAUGAAUCAGCAAAUGGCUGGAAUGAAUCUGAGUAGUUCUACCAAUAUGAUGGGCUUUGGCCAGCCCCCAAAUACAGUGCCAGGAUGGACUGGAAGUUCCUCAGGCCAGACUCUCAGCACACAACUUUGGAAAUGAAAGCUGCAAUAGAAGUUUCAUCUGGAUCAGAGACCUGAUUGACAUUCCAUGCUCAAAUCCAUCUAAUUUCCCUGGUCUGUCAAUGUACGUUUCCCCUCUCUCCAAUCUCAGAGUUAUUCAUAUUAAGAAGUAAUUUUAACUGACCGUGUUGUGGUCUGUAUUGACUUAAAUUUUGAUGUAGUGAAAAGCAGGUUGAGAACACCCAUCAUCAGCAGCUUUUUCAUUCCACAAUACAUUUGAUUUCAUUAACCAUAUCUUUCAGAAGAGCUACAUGACCAACUACAUACUCCAGCUUUUUCAGUUAUAGAUCAGAUAUUUCCAUAUUAGAGAAAUAGAUAUCAUGUUAGUACUAUCUCCUAAUAUGUAAACUCCACCCUGCAAAUUGCCCAGUAAUCCUGUAGAAGGGACUAUAUGAACAAAUGUUAAUUAUAUAAAUAAGAAUAUUCAUGUAUCACUGAAGAAUGUUUUUCCUUGUGUAACAAUGAUUUUGUAUCAUUCAUUUCUCUGUGAUACUACAAUUAUGUGCUGAGCAGGGAAAGCGGUUAGUGAGAGAGAGAGAAAUCUGGAUGUCACUGUAGUUCUAUCAGUUUUCUUUACAUUUAGAAAUUAACAAUUUGGGUUUCCUGUAUUAAAAUAGGCAAUUUGGCUAUCAAUAUGUACAGAAGACUAAAUGAUACUGUACUGCAUACAUGCAGGGUAACGCACCUGGUUGUAUAUUUAAUUUAUCCUUACAGCUGUGUUCAGGUUUAUGCCAGUACUUGUGUUUACAUUUAUGGUGCCUCAUGUUGAUAAGCUGUUUCUUCCCCAUAUUAAAGAAUUCCAUAAACAUCAUAUGAUUAUUUCAUUCUAUAAGAUCUUUGUCCACUAUUCUUUAAUUCAGGAAGAAAAACUUUGAACAUCAAUGAUUUGGAAGCUCCCAUUAUGAAGGAUACAUGAACUGAAGCUUUACAUUUGUUUAGCUUAGUAACUUUUCAGUGUUUCACUGCAUUUAUUGGAUGUCUUGUAUAAAACAAAAAAGAAAUCUAAACUCUGAACAGAGAAACAGUAGUAAAAUGAAUCGAAGAAACAUGCAAAACAAGCAAAGGCAAAAUAAGUACAUCUUGAGCCAUCUGACAAAAGGCCUUCAUAUGGUAAAGGACUGUACAAUCUGAAUGUUCAGUUGGUUGGUAGGUAGAACUCUGAUACAUCCAUUCAUUUUGGCAUGGCCUACUUUUAUGGAUCAUACUUCAAUUUUUACACUGUCCAGGUGGUACUUUGGCUCAUUAGCUAGGUUUACCUUUUCUGUUCUAGUGUGCCAUACAAGAACCUGAAAUAAGUUAAAGAAAAGUUAAUUCACAGUUAUCCCAAAAAGAAAAGUUUCUGUGAUAAAAUACUGAAACUGAUACCUUUGUGCAGUUGUUGGCUUUUGGCUCCAGUUCUUCCACUGUGGUAAUCUGUCUCAAAAAAUCAGAUUCCUGCAUCCCAGGCUGAGAUCCAUGGCGUCUGAAGACCGCUUUAGGGUUGGAUAAAAUCACCUGAAGGCUUACAGCAAACCCUUUAUAAAUCAAAUAUUGUUAAACAAUUAAAACCGAACUUGCACACAUUUUAUGGUUUUCAUUUAGCUCUAGAAAUUAUCUACCUUUUGUGUUAAUUCACAUUCAGUUUACACAGUAUCAUGCAGUAGCAUAUAACUUACAUGGUUGCCUCACAUAAUUUAUGCAGCUUAUUUUUCAUGCAACAAACCACUUUUGUCUUAUUCUGAAAGGUGACUAGCUGUGCUCCUCCAGAUCUGUUGAAUUCCUUAUACAUUUUGUUACAGUGUAAACAAUAGCAAUGUAAGCACCUGGGAUUUCUGUAUAAUGAACAGCCUGCCUGGUGGUAAGAGGUGGGUUUUAAAAGGAAGAGACCUACUGAUUUUCCUUCCUCAAUACCACCUUUGUAAUUAAUUGCAAAUUAAAGUCUGAAGUGAAUGUAAUUGUUAAAUUAACUAGAGGGGAAAAUAAAUUUGACUUAAUAAAUCCA